GGACUGUCGGAAUUAGACUGCAGCAGAUGUCAUUCUUGCCCGCCAAUGUUUUGCGUUAUAGUGUUUUGAAUGCCGACGCACAAGUAAAUUUACGACACUUUCCCAUUAUUUAUUUAUUUGGAUAACAUGAGAAUUUAACCUUCUUCCAAAGAGAAGGAACUAGUCAGGUUGUUUUUUGUCUAAAUUACCAGGGGUGGCCAGCUACUCUUCUUAAUCGUUUCUGUCAUUGUUAUUCGAUCAGAUCGGACAGCUGGAGGAGUAAUCGAAUCCAGGACUGCUAAUAUUCCAAACCACAUGCUAGGGCAGUUACUCUGUAUGCCGCUACAUUGAAACGAUUUAAUAGUAAAAUGGCUGACGAAAAAGCUGACAUUUCUCGGGGUGAACACCUCAAGCAGAUUCUGAAGGAUUUUGCUGAUAACACCUCGUGUCAUGGAAUUGGGUCCAUCGGCCGAUCCACCAGUACCUUUUUCAAAAUUCUCUGGACGAUAAUCGUCUCAACUUUCACGAUCAUCAUGUUGAUACAACUUACCCUACUCGUUAAGAAGUACUACUCCUACCCAACGAGAACAGUAAUAGAAGUUGGAAGUGGCACUCUGGACUUUCCUAGUGUCACAGUUUGCAAUAUUAAUUCAAUUCGAAAGUCAGCGAUUGAAGAGUCUACGGAUCCCGAAUAUGCCAACCUACGGAAACUUUACCUUCAAGCAAAGAAAUAUCAUGAAACUCUCGGACGGCAGACAGGAGACGACUUUCUCGACUUUGAGCCAACACUAAAUGAUUCUUAUGAAGGUGACGAUAUCAUGGCGGAUGGCUGGGCGGACGAGACAGCAAUCACGCUAGACGGGGAAGAUGACAGAGAGUACGAGUUUAGACAUAAUUUUGACCUCGAGUCUGCAAAGCUUUCGGUGAAUGACUUCUUGGAGAUUGGUCACCAGAAGGAGAUACUGAUUCAGAAAUGUGUGUUCAUGGGAAAAGAAUGUUCCUCAAAAAACUUCACGACUUUAUUCCAUUCAAAGUACGGCCUCUGCCACACGUUUAACUCCAACGAGUAUGACAGAUCAGGUGGCCGUAUGCAGCCGCUGUUAGUCAAGCGCAGUGGGCGCGACUACGGACUGAAUCUGAUAUUGAACAUCGAAUACAGUGAUUACAUACCCAUCAAGACCUCGGGGUUCGGGGCACGACUGGUCAUCCAUCAGUUUGGCACGUUCGCCGCGCCUCUUGGGCACGGAAUAUCCAUCCCCGCUGGUUUUACAACAUCUCUUGCAGUGACACAGAAACGUAUUUCUCGCCUUGACUAUCCGUAUGGAGACUGUGAAAACGGCAGUGAUAUGUAUGAAGUGUAUGAAAAGAUAUACACACAGCAGGCAUGUGAACGCUUUUGCCGUCAUCGGCAUAUAUUUCGGAUCUGCAAUUGUUAUCAAGAAGGAUACGUGGAAUACUAUCCGAGGAAAGCUCUCGAUGCCGGUUUGGAAUCAUGUGCUCUGAAAGACGAAGGGGUCGACUGUUUGAAGUCUGUUGAGGAACAGUUUGUAUCUGAUGAUAUUGAGUGCGAAUGUCUCCACCCAUGUCAAGAAAGUCAUUUCUUACAGACAUUGUCAGUUCAUCAGUGGCCUGAAAAGAAUUACAGGAAAGUUGUAGCGCUGCAGGCGUGUGAAAAUGCGAAGAAGCAUAAUCGGACAGAUAUAUGUGCAGCGUUGCAGGCGAUGACCUUAAAAGACACUAGGAAUAAUUUCGUCAAACUACGCGUCUACUACAAGGAUCUGAAUUUCGAGUCUAUCACACAGAAACCUUCAUAUCUGAUUCCUGAUUUCCUUGCUGAUGUUGGUGGGACACUAGGACUGUGGGCAGGGAUAUCAGUGCUCACCGGGGCUGAGCUUAUCAUGCUUAUCAUAUCUAUUGCGAGGUUUUUGGCCCAGACAUUUACAGGAAGAACUGACUCAAACGAAAAGUGCAAGACAGGCAAAGAUGGCGAAAGCAAAGGUUCUAAUAUCAGUGUAGAAAUGGAUCAAGAAAAGGAAGCCAAGGCUGACGUUUAAGCUGCUUAACUAUCUGUGUCUACUGGUAACACCUGAACAGUUUUUGCAAAGUCAGUUUUGCUACCUCUGUUGACAUAUAGGGGAGUGGUGUCAAAGUCGGUACAAUACAUGCAUAUAACAUGACGUUAAAAGAGGCUCUAUACGUCUAUGGACAUUUUCAAAUUGCAAUGAUAUUCACUUUAGUCAGAAAUCAAUCAGUAGAUAAAAUGUCAUUUCGCAUCGAACAUUACUUUGAUGGCUAAAACAUAUAGUUGACACCUUGCAUAAUCUUGAUGGCUGGUCAUUCACACUGUUUAUAGCCUUUUUCUAUAAUUAUUCUGUCGAAAUUGGAAUUUUAAAACUCUAGAUAUUAAGAGGGACAAGUAAAUAAAAUACGUACUCCUGUGCUCA